AUGCAGAGUAUUUACUUCUUGGACAUCGAAGAAUCUUUAAGUCAUUGCAUUGAGAACGAGCUCAAUGCCAGUGGCAAUUUAUUUAUUAUGGUGGAGGGGCCGGACCUCAGCUUUUGGGUUCAAUACAAGGAAGGCUUACCUGACCGGUAUGGAAAACCUGGCGAUAGCUUCAAAACUGUGGAGGUGGAGAAAAUAUUUAAGAUUAUUGGGGAAGCUGGAUGGAGAUAUGAUGUCCACAACCUAGAAUAUAAGAGAGAUGUUACUGACGUCUUUGAUGCAGAAUCAACUGAAGGAAAUCUGCUUCUUGACUUCCUGACACACAUUAAGAAUUUUUGUGAAACCGCAGAUGAACAAGUGGUGGAAGAAAAACUGGCGCUGAUUAAGGAUCUCUCAACAGGGGCCGAUUACAUUUUGGAAACAAGAUGGAAUCUUUUUUCAUUAUCUAUA